CCUCCUUGGUGACGCGGCUGGCCAAUCCACUCCGCGGCCCGGGUUUGGCGAGGGAGCUGCGAGGAUGCCUUUGCCAGGCUGAGGAUCAACAAUGCGCCCUGCCUGGUGGGCGAGCUCCCGGAGGAGGGCUGCCCGCCUGCCUUCCUGCGUGUGCAGGGUCUUCUGAUGGCCUUCCAUCGGCAGAAGGAGACGGAGAGGAAGUCACGCGUGCGUGGGGUUUGUUUACUGCAGCAGCGCCAGGAUGGAGAGCUGACCCGCUGCUGCGCUUCUUCCUUGGAGAGCUCGUCGAGCUGCUUUGCAAUCCCGCUUAAACCGGCGAUGCCGAACGGAAAAGAGGGGAACACCAAAGCAGGAGGAGGAAGGAGCCGCUGAUCAUGGGACCGGGCAUCCGGGAUUACCCCUCCUUGCUGCGCAGAGGGAGCCUGGAGGAGAGCGCCUCGAUCCAUGAGAUCCACAAAGGAAAAGGAACGGUAACUGGAGAAAAGAGCCAUCCAAGUGCCACGGAACUAAAGAACGACCCAAAUCCCAACGAACUAAGAACAUCACCACCCCAAGCGAGAUCUUCUUUCAACAGACUGAGCAAAAACGUUUCUGCUCCUUCCAAAAAGAGUUCCUGUCUGGCUCCAGACCACAAACAAAUACCCUUUCACUGCAAAGAAAAAAGCCAACUUUGUGAAGGUCACCAAGAAAGCAGAACAAGAGAUGAUUGCACUUCCUCAUACGGAGCUCGACAGAUAAAAAAAGAUGCUGUGGUUCGAAAACAUUAUGAAGCCAGAGAGAGUAAAAUCCCUUCUCCAUUUAAGGACAAAACCUGGAGUGAUUCCAGCAAAGCUGAAGAUAUGCUGAUGCCGAGUUUUUAUUGCAAAGAGAAAGGUCAUUUAGGGCAACUCUCUGGGGGGCUUCCGGAUGAACCAGACCCUUGCAGCCCUGUACGUCCGGGUCCCUCUGCUGAUGCCAUGUUUCUUGACUUUGGAUCCGUGCGAAUGAUGAAAGAGGACUCUGAUGGGGACAGCGCCAGUGACCUUUCUGACUCUGAGAGAAUUCCCAUUCCACCUUCGCCUUGCACACCACCAGAGCUCAACCUCCGAGCCGAAGAAAUCGACCCACUGCAUUUUGAACACCUCUUUGAUGCCAAAUCUAAACGGCUGGAUUAUUAUUACCCUGACUUCCUCCCGCCCCCUUACAACACCUGGGAUUUGAAAGAUCUCUCAUUGUUUGUCAACACAGAAUGCAAAUCAGAGCCAAAAGUUCCAGCUGUGGGAUUUUUGGACAAGUACAUCGAUCGGCUUUUGGAGUUGGAGUGGCUGCAGAUACAAACAGUACAAGCUGAGCAAGGAAAGGCAAGCAAAAGUAGGCCACAGACUGCUCCUGGUAUGCUUCGAACCUUAAAAAGUCCUGGCAAAAUCAAAUCAUUGCAUAGUCCUUCGCGGAACAAACAGUUGGUUCCCCAUGAAAGCUUGUCUAGACUCCCCAUCAGCCAUUCGGUUCCCAGAAGAGACCCACAUGCGGAAAGAACCAGUCAAUUUUUUCCGUAUGAGGGUCACUCAAGAGGAGCCACAUCUAGCUCACUGGCUCACCAACGGCGAUCUGGUGAAGUGAAGAGUGAAGCAAAAAAGCGGCCAACCACCAAACAGCAACAUCUUCCUAGGCAUCCUUCUGAUACAAGCUCUAUGAUCCAAGGAGCUGGCAAUAUGAGGCCACUCAAGACAUCCCCCUCCUUCCAUAGUCCAACAGUUCCUCUCAAGGGGCAAGCAGCCCAUGUGCCUGCAAAUCCCAAGAAGAAUGGAAAUGUGAACAGUUACCUUCCUUCUAAAAAAGCAUCAGCAGACAAGAAGCUUAAAACAAAUGGUGUGAAGCAGACACAAUUUAAAUGAUGUUGUGACAGGGCUUGUUAUGAUGGGCCCUGGAAACCCUUCCUGUGAAGCAGACAAGAAUAGAAUGGUUGACCUACAGUGAGGUAAACCUUCAUAGGGUACAUCUACAGUGUACAAUUGAUGCAGUUUGACACCACUAAUUGCCAUGCCUCAGUGCUAUGGAGUCCUGGGAUUUGUAGUUUGUUCAGGCACCAGUACUCUUUGGCUAAAGACCUUGUACAACUGUGACAUCAAACUGCAUUAAUUCCACAUUGUAGAUGCAUCCAUAAAGAGCCAUGUACAGCUCACAGCUUUUUCCAUUCUAGUGAACAUAAUAAAGAAAGUUGUGCAACCCACCCUCUUGUACUCACUGCCACUGCAAAGAAAAGGAAGACGACAUUUUUGUCUUCCCAAGAUUCCUUUGAUAGCCGCAUCAAAAAUAUUUGGAGCUUACCUCAUGUAGUUCAUACUAUUUUUGUUGUUGUUAUGUGCCUUGAAGUUGACUCCAACUUAUGAUUAUUCUAUCAUAGGGUUUGUUUUUUUUAGGGGGGAGGGGGGCAAAGUUUAUUCAGGUGAGGUGUGUCAGUUGCCUACCUUUUAGGCUGAGAGAUUGUGGCUUUCCAAACGUCACCCCAGGGGUUUCUACAGCUCAGUGAGGUUCAAAUCCUAGUCUCUUGAGUUCUGCUCUGAUACUCAAACCACUGCACUAUACUGUUUUUAUGCUAUUUAUUGUUUAUUCAUAUUUAAAAUUUGAAAUGAAAUACGUAGCUGGAUCUGGUAAAUAACACAUCUAGGUGAAUUUAUUUAUUGGUAUAAGAUUUUGCAGACAGCUUUUCCAAAAUGAAAAGUGCUUAUUUUCCAUGGUUUUCUCAAUGUGUUGAAAUCAAGAUGCACUAGUAAUGAAAGACUGUGUUAAGCUUCAAUUAUUUUCUCAUAGUUCUGUCAUGAUUUUAGUGCAUGUGAACACAUUCUUAAGACCUCAUACUUAUGGAAUCAUUAUGAUUGUUUCUCACUUAAUGGUGCUGUUUUUCUUUUGAUAGACAAGCUUUUUAAAUGCAUAUAUUUAUGGUCAUAUAUAGAAGAAAGUUCAGUCUUAAUGAAGGUCUCCAAAGCAAUUUGUAGUACAUCUGCUUCUGGAGAUACUUGGAUAUUUAUUUUGCUUGAAGGAUGAUAGACAAUUUGCAGAUCUGCACGAUAGAGCUGUAAUGGUGAGACAUAAUGAUGAAGCCAUUUAUGUCAGCCAUUUAAUUGGAAAGAAGGUAAUGGGGGGGGGCAGAGUCUUGGGGAAUUAAAUAUAGGGGAAAGAUACUGCAAUGUUAAUUAAUUGAACUUGCCAUGUGCGGAAGGCAAGGCAGUCUCUGAUGAAGAAAGAACAUGAAGACACACUCUAGUUACAUUGUGAGCUUGACCCUUGUUUACUGUUCAUUGCUGCUAGAAAGAGUAUGUCUUCCUCCGUGAAAAAUGGCUGACAAGAUAGCUUAUGCCCCAUGCUCCUAGAGGUCUCACUGCCCAAAGCUUCAUCAUAUUUGAUCUUUUACCAGCACAAUGUGCUUUAUUUUAAGCAUGGUGUCUUCUGUUGCUCUUCAGUGAGAACGUUGUUUGUUUUCUAAUACGUUAUCCUCUUAUGAGAGUACAGAUUCAUGCUGUAAUUUGCUUCUGAAGUGUUGCUUUGUGAUUUUGGAAUGAGCAGGUAAAAUUAAUUCAUCCCUUUUGCUCAUUUACAAUUCUUGCUUUGUUCUUUUGUUUUUCCUUCAAAAGCUUAGUGGGUUUAGCACUAAGCCAGCAAGCUUUACCUAUGCAAAAUCAAAGAUCUUCCUAUUCAGUUUGAUAAUUUUCUCCAGGACCUAUGAGGGCUUACAAGGAUUUUUGUUUGCUUGUUCAGUUUCUGUUAGGUGUUGAAUAUUGUAGGAUUAUAAAGUAACAUCCAGAAAACACUGCCCUCAGCAAAGAUAAGCAUUAACCUUGAUUUCACACAGCAGUAGAACAAAGACCAGCAUGGUUUAAUUCUGACAUAUCAAAACAUAGUCACAUGGUACUAAGCCCAAUAGAGAAAUCCAUUGCGUUACUGUAUCAAGAGAGGCCUGGAUGAGCAAAGCAUGACCCAUAUCCGUGGAACCCAUUUCUGUAGUUCCUGAAGCCCCCUUCUCCACCAAAGUCUCCCAUCUACUGUUUUUGGCAAUAUUUUUUCCCAAACCAUAUAGAAUCCUCCCUCCCAAAUGCAUGAGAACAUGCAACACUUUCACCACGUCUCUGCCCCUACAAGCAUCCCAGAAUCCUUUACAACCCCCCAAUCUUUCCAUUUUUCUUUAUAGUCUCCUCAAAGUGAUACAAUGUAACUUCCUGUCACUGUUUUGAUAAGGACUGUAGAGGAAAACAGGUACAGUACUAGGUCUUCCUGGGAGGAGCAAAGGUUGGGUGACAUUGGCUCCAGAUCUCAUGCAGUUGCCCAUUCUUAAUGCAUGGCAUCCAGUAGUGAUUUAUGGGCAAGAGUGAAUUCUCUACUUAGCACAGUUGCUCCAUCCUCCAUCUUUCUUGCCCAUUCUGCUUGGUAUAAUCCAAAACAUUUAAAACUAUUUAAAAUAAUAUUUAAAAAUCUAUCAGAGUGUAAUACAGUGUUCCCUCACUUAUCAUGGGGUUACAUUCCAGGACCACCCACGAUAAGUGAAAAUCUGUGAAGUAGGGACACUAUAUUUUAAUAUUUAUACUUUAUUUUAGCAGUUACAAUAUACAGUACACUGGCAGAGAAGAAGAAUGGAAGCUAAAUAACCCUUUUUUAUUUCCAACACUCCCCUCCUCCCUCCCUUUAUUUCUCCCUUUCCCCCUUUCCCUUUCUUCCCAAAACCCAUGAAACAGCGAAAAUACCAUGAUAAAUGGUGUACAUUAAUAUUUAUUGAAACCCGCGAAACAGCGAGGGCACGAAAAUCUAUCUACGAAGUAGCGAGGGAUCACUGUACUUGAACUCUACAGCUGCUUUAGAAGCUAGUGCUUCCAAAGGAUGGUCAGGUUUUGAUAGAUCUUUAGAAGGAGAGGACACAGUUCUGAAGAAACAGUCAAUCCAAUUCAUGGGAUUCAGAUCAAAGAGAAGCUUCAUCUGUGUACUUUAAAAAUGGGUAGCAUAUAAUAUUCAGAACAUGGCCUUUAAAGACUUUGAUUCUCCUGCAUUCUCCAGUCUUCAGAGACUAGUAUUGCAUUUGCUUCAUCGGGGGCUUAAUCUCUAGAGCAGCAGUUCCCAAACUUUUUCAGUCUUGGAACCCUAACUCUGUAAUUAAGCAUUGUGAACCCACAAAAUCCUUUUCCCAUCUUCUAUUACCUGAUAUUUUGUACAAUAUAGGUUUGGAAAUAAAGAGAUUCAAAUUUCACUUUUAAAGCAGAAUUUCAACAAUAUUUUCAUAUUUGGCAUUGACAUUUUAAAAAGUUUUUUAAUUAAUAGAUUUUUUGUGGAACCCCUGUGAUAUUUUUGUGGAAAGCUAGGGUUCUGGAGAACCAGUUUGGGAACCACUGCUCUAGAGAGAUGGUUUUGUGUUAGCAAUGUAUAGGAUAUCCUUUUGCACACAGGAACUCCAUAAAGGUUGUCAGAGUGGACGUAGAACUCUUCAUAUGGACAACAGAAAAUAAUUAUGAGUGAUCAAUUAAAAUAUUUUCCAACUUCUUCCAUUGAAUAAUUGCAGCAGCAUCAUACAUUCGAUAAUACAGGUAUGUGUGUAUGUGUAGAUAUAUAUUUGUGUGCGUGUGACUUUCAAGUUUCUGGCAGCUAUGAUUUUAAUGAAAGUUUUAAUGAGUAAAUUGAACUGUGUACAUAUUUAAAAGGGUUGAAUUUGUACUAUGAUGUUGUUCUAUGUCCUCUUACUUCUUCCUCGUUGCCUGACCACAAUUCCAUAAAAUAUGAAAGCAUGGAAAUUGAUAUCAUUAAGAUGUCCAUUAAAAUAUGAAUAAAACAGACUGUUUCAUUGUAA